UUUAUAUGUAAUUAAAAUAAUAAUAAUAAUAAUCAAUAAAUGAAUAGUAAAUGGCCAAUGCAAAGCUGUGUUCAACAAGAUGCAAGUCGGUAACACAGGUAACACCGUAACGGCCCCGUCCCCAUGUGGGAGGUCCCACAAACGUCCCCCACGUGUCCACACGUAACACGCCGCUAAUGUGACAUUAUUACUCCCCACCAACCUUACGGCUCCCCCGCGCUCCACCGUAGCCAGCCCAACACAACGCACGCACGGCCGUUACGCCUUCUCCACGUCAUCCAACCACAAUUUCAAUUUCGAUUUGAAAUUUCAAAGUCUACCUGAUUAGUUAAACCAACCAAAAUCAAACAACCCCCAACCCCGCGCUUUUUGUCCACUCCGUUCAUAACUCCCACCUCCUCCUCAUCUUACAAGUGACAACCUAUUCCGUUCGAGCGUCGACCAAUCUCCACCGUUGGAUCCCGCGAGUUACAACGAAAGACUUCUGUUACAAAACAAACACUAAUAGGAACCUAACUGCCUGAGUUUCGGAUAUUUGCAAUCUCAGCCGUUGAUGAGUAACCCGGCAGAUGAAAGCCGUUAUUUGAAUCAGUUAUCCGGGAAGCUGCAACUUCCUCGAGAGAGAAAAACAGAAAGAGAUUGAACAGACGCGCUUUGGACGAGCGUGGUUUUCCAGGCGAGCAGUUUACGGUUCACGCCAACAACUCCUCCGUUGGACGGUUGAGGGCCCGCCCUUGGAUAAAAAGCACCCCACCCCCACCCUCAGCGCCGUCUCCGUCUACGUCUUCGUCUUCGUCUUCAUCCUCUCCCACAAUAUUUGAUAUUUUUUAUAUUAUAUUGUAAUUCACGAUCGACGCAGGAUCUGAUUUGGAGAAUAUAUGAUGAUGACGGACAUGAACACGAUGGACAUGAUGAUGAGCGCGGACGGCAGUGAUCGGAUCAAGGGCUCCUGGAGCCCACAGGAGGACGCCAAUCUAAUUAAGCUCGUCCAGAAGUACGGCCCCAGAAACUGGUCCCUCAUAAGCUCCGGCAUCCCCGGUCGGUCCGGCAAGUCGUGCCGCCUCCGGUGGUGUAACCAGCUCAGCCCCUCCGUCCACCACCGCCCUUUCACCGCCUCCGAGGACUCCGUCAUCAUCCACGCCCACGCCAUCCACGGCAACAAGUGGUCAACUAUCGCCCGCCUCCUCCCUGGCCGCACCGACAACGCCGUCAAGAACCACUGGAACUCCACCCUUCGCCGCCGCCGCCGCGCCGCUAACCACUCCUCCGCCUCCAACUCCGGCACGAAGCGCCCGAUCAUCGACGUCUCCGCCUCGUCCGAUUCCGACUCGGCGCUGAAGCGGCAGUGCCUCAGCGCGUCGCCGGAGCACAGCAGUUACGGCGGCGGGAUCAUUGAGGGGUGGGCGGGGCCCGCGACGUCGCUGUCGCUGUCGCCGCCGGGGCAGAGGGAGCUAACGUUACCCGAGGUCGAUAAAGUGGGUGAAGAGGUUUUGGUGAAGGUGGAACCGAAAAGUGAGGAUCAGGAAGAUCGGAGGGUUAGGAUCGGUGGAGAGGACAGAUGUACGGUGUCGAUAGGCGACACGCGUUUGUUGACGAUCAUGCAGCGUAUGAUAGCACAGGAGGUGAGGAGUUACAUCAGCCUAAUGAGGACCCGGGAAGGAUUUGGGUUUGGGCUGGAGCCCGCGGUUGGACAGGACCAGUGAAAAUAAUAAAAUAAAGAGGCUGAAAAAAACAAAGGAAAAAAUGGACUUGUUUCUGUUUCCUUUAGGUUUAAUUCACUUUGAGGUGACGAGAGAUGUGGUGGGAAUGGAGUGAGGAACCCUAAACGAUGAGAAUGGAGGGGUUUGGGGGUGGCGUAGAGGAGUUAGGGUUUUCAAUUUCACCUAUUUCAAUUUUUAUUUAUCUUUUUUUUUUCCUUGGAUAAAGAUUUGAUUUAAAAUUUUAAAUA